CACUUCUUCAUCUGAUUUGUUCCCCGGGCUCUCGUUCCUCCCUCUAGGAAGCCUGUGUGUGGAUCUGGGGCGAAACGCUACAGGAGACUUGCAAAGCAGCUCGCAGGCAUCUACAGGGACUAGCCGGAGGAGAGAAAACGCAGCUUCUGACUCUUCGGCCAUCUGAUCCGCAUGCGAAGGCGCGCCGGUCACCAGUGUCCUGUCUUUCCUCGCUGUUCUCUGUUCUCUUUUCUCACUCUCAGGCUGUGCCGUCCAUCGCUAUUUUCUUGUGAUCCUGUUGGUUUGCCUGGCGGCGGCUUCUCAGGCGUUUUAGGCCCUCUCUUCGUCCCUCUCUCUCUGCUGUGCCUCUGCGCCCCUGCCCCUCUCAACGGCUUGCAGCUCUUUUCUCCUGCGUUCUUUGUGGAAGAACGAGGAAAGAAAACACUGCGUUGCCAUGGCAAGCGCGGCAGAGGACAGGAAGGGUUCGGGAACCUAUGGAGGAAGGGAGGUCAUUGCUCUCUUCGACCUUGAUGGAACUCUCACAGAGCCCAGGCAGGCUGCCGAGCAGGCGACGCUGGACCUGCUGCAGAGGCUGCGCCAGACGGUCGCUGUGGGCAUUGUGAGUGGAUCCGACGCGCCGAAGCUGCGCGAGCAACUUGGAAGCGCAAGUUUCAGCUCCUUCGACUUUGUCUUCUGCGAGAACGGCUGCGUCGUGUACGAGGGCGGGAACCUCGUUGCUCAACAGAGUCUGGCGUCUCAUAUUGGGGAGGAAAAACUCAAGGAAAUCAUCAAUUUCGCUCUCCACUACAUUGCUGAUCUAGACCUUCCUGUGAAAAGAGGCACAUUCGUUGAGUACCGCCACGGCUUGCUGAAUUUAUCUCCUAUUGGGCGCAGCUGCUCGCAGGCGGAGAGAGAGGCGUUCUUUGAAAUGGACAAACGCGAAAACAUCCGCGAGAAAUUCAAAGCCAUCCUGGAAAAAAAGUUCGCUUCGAGUGGGCUGAAAUUCAGCAUCGGAGGACAAAUUUCCAUCGAUUGCUUUCCCGAAGGCUGGGACAAGCGUCUGGCGUUGCCAUACUUGGAAGGCCGAUUUGCCAAAAUCCAUUUUUUCGGCGACAAGACGUACCCGGGCGGGAACGACCACGAGAUCUUCGAGGAUCCGCGGACUGUCGGGCACGCAGUUGCGAACCCGGAGGAGACGAAGCAGUUGAUUAAAAGCCUCUUUGCAUGCGAUUGAGGCCGGCGGAAAGAGGGCGAGAAGGACAUCGAAGGCCGCCGAGUGUAGUCGAGUUGAAAGGGGAAGAGCGAUUAGCAGAGAGAAAGCGACAAGUCCAGGAAAGAGGAGAGAGGAGACACAAGAAGAGAUGCCACAACAGAGAGAAAGAGGAUGAGACGAGGGAGAAGGCGAAAGAAUGACACAGAGAAAGCGAGGAUAGCGUAAACGAAGAUAUAUUAUCGUAGAGGAAGGAAAAGAGAGAGAGGAAAGAAGAGAAGUACCCUCGACAGAUACAGAAGAAUGUGCUUGCUUCUCAAGGCGCACCAGAGGGACGUACGUCGUUUGUCGCUGUGUCUGAAUUCUUUUAGAAGUGGAUUUGUUUUGAAGUUGUUUUUUUUUUCAAUCCGUAGCAGCAGCCUUCAACAAGCUAGCGACUUGUUUGUGUCUUUCGACAUUUCAGUUCUUCCUCCAACUUCUCUGGAGAGGUCAGUGGACACUCGGAAGGAGGAGUCUGUGGAAGUAUGGAAUCAAGUGUCUUUUUCUUGUCAUCUUACUUUUGUCUCCAGUUUUUUGUUUUCCC